ACCAAUCCUCUCAAGUCUCAACUCAACUCUCUCCACAGCUCACAUCUUUAAGUCUGAAAUUGUGUUAAGAGUGUCGUAAAGGAAUGGUCCAAGUAGGAUUGAAACCGACAAAACUAGGUUCAACCAAAUCCGCAACUAUAUGCCUUCGUAACAAGACUACUAUAUUGAGCAUGGUUGAAUCAAGUUUAUGUGACGGCCCAAUUUAUUUCUCCCACGUCUCUACUAAGCCUAAACAUGCAUAUUUUACCUUGCGUGAUCCUGAUUUGGCUACUAGUUUAACCCUUGAUAUCAAAAUCAACGGAUCCAAUUCUAGUGAGGAAGAAAAAGUAAUUCUCAUGUUUAGGUUCCAUUACAAUGCGAUGAAGAUGCAAAAUGCAAGCUUGAGGAUUGGUGGUAAUUUUGUUUAUGAGAGUGGGAAAACGACAUUGUGCGUUACCAAAGUUGCUCAAAGCAACCGUGUGGUGUCGAGUCAGAUUUAUUGGGAUAGGGUUUCGAUACCGGAGAGAUGGUUGGUUGAGGAGAGCCCCUUCUCGGAGUGGCAGCGGGCUCGGGUGGACUGGAGGGAGGCGGCUGAGGCGCAUGUGUUGAAGGUGGAUGUUCCGGGAUUUAAUGAAGAGGAGGUGAAGGUUGAGGUUGAAGAUGGUGGUGGAAUUCUACAGAUUAGUGGGGAGAGAAGGGAGGAGGGAGGGGGGGAGGAGGGAGACAAGUGGCACUGUGCGGAGAGGGGCGGUGGGAAGUUCCUUCGUCGGUUGAGGUUGCCGGAGAAUGCCAGGCUGGAUGAGUUGAAGGCCGGGUUGGAGAAAGGGGUGCUGACGGUAACGGUGCCGAAAGAGGAAGUGAGUGGGAAAGUGCAAGUGAAGGUUGAAGAUAUCUCUGGUUGAUUAAGACAAUUGUGGUGAUUAAGAAUUGUGGAGUCCAUGUCUUAGGACUUGUAUGUUUGUAGUUGAUUUGUAAGACUUAUUGUACACAGUCUCUCUAUUCCAUGUUAAUUAAGGCACCGAAUAUUAUAUAUCUGCACUUUUCAUUA